GAGACUUGAGACGCAUUUCCCAACCAGUGGCACAUUCGGACCUCACCUCAUCGUGGCCGCUGCUUUGCCUUCGCCGUCGCCGCUGAUUUGCCGUCUCCGUCGUCGUUCCGGCGAUUAGAUUAUUUAGAGGCUUUCGUUGUUACUUGCUCCAUCGAAGUAGAAAAAAGCAAAACAAUAGCAUCGCUGCCAUGAAAGGUCUUUUCAAGUCCAAGCCUAAGACACCGGUUGACCUCGUCCGUCAAACUCGCGAUCUCCUCAUCUUUGUCGACCUCAAUCCCGAAACUCGCGAAAGCAAACGCGAAGAAAAGUUUGCAGAGUUGGGAAAGCUUCUUCGUGAGCUAAAACAAAUCCUAUAUGGGAACAGUGAAGCUGAGCCCGUCUCGGAGGCUUGUGCUCGACUGACUCAAGAGUUCUUUAGAGAAAACACGCUUUGUCUGUUAAUAAUUUGUCUUCCAAAGUUGAAUUUAGAAGCUCGUAAGGAUGCUACUCAGGUUGUUGCCAACCUGCAACGGCAACAAGUACAAUCACGUUUGAUUGCAUGUGACUACUUGGAGGCAAAUAUUGAUCUGAUGGAUAUUUUGGUAUCAGGUUACGAGGACACAGAUAUGGCGUUGCAUUAUGGUGCAAUGCUGAGGGAAUGCAUACGUCAUCAAAGUGUUGCCAGGUAUGUAUUGGAGUCAGAGCAUAUUAAGAAGUUCUUUAAUUUCAUUCAACUUCCAAAUUUUGAUAUUGCUGCUGACGCAGCUGCAACAUUCAAGGAACUCAUGACGCGACACAAGUCUACGGUGGCGGAGUUUCUAUCUAAAAACUAUGAUUGGUUUUUUGCAGAGUACAACUCAAAGCUUCUUGAGUCACCGAAUUACAUAACCAGAAGGCAAGCUAUCAAGCUCUUGGGAGAUAUGUUGCUGGAUCGAUCAAAUUCUGCUGUCAUGACUCGAUACGUGAGUUCGAGGGACAACUUGAGAAUAUUGAUGAAUCUACUCAGAGUACUGUUCUGUCCCUAUAUACACACAUCAACACUUGCAUAUCGAAUCAUAAUAUGUUAUUUGCAGCCAAUCAGAGAAAGCCAGCAGACAUCAUUGGCAUACUUGUCGCUAAUAGGAGCAAGCUUCUCCGCCUCUUUGCUGAUUUUAAGCCAGAUAAAGGUCAGACAUGCUUUCAUUCAUUUUGCUAUAAAGAUAUCCUCAACCCUAGUCCUGUUAUUGAUUAAAAAUUAUUCCCAUGGUAAUAUAUUUCGUCAACCUAUCCUCGUUUUAUAGCCAUACUUGUAUUACGAGUUUAUUGAAAAAGUGUCAUUUGGUAUGGCCAUAAACUAGCUUAUAAGUGAGUUUUUUGAAGAGCUACUUCAGAUAGCUUUUCAAUAAGCUCCGUGUGCUCUUUCUUUUAAGAGUAAAUUCCAUUCUUUGUCCGCGUGUAAAAACACGAAAUCUCACUAAAUAAUUAUGGAUCACUUUUCAAC